GCUACACAAAAGAAUGACAGCAAGAUUCUUGCCCUUGUUUCGCGCGAAUUAGUUGCAGCAGAGGCUUGUUAUCACAGGACAUGGUACGGGAGUUACACUAGACCAGAAGGAAGCAGCAGUGUGAACACUGAUAUGAGCAGUGAAUCUCCGGAUGAUGAAUAUGCCCGUCUAGAGUCUGAUGCUUACCAGAUGCUUUUUGACUUUAUCAGGUCAGAUGUGAUUGAAAACGAGAAAGUCGUAAGGCUGUCUGAGAUGACGCAGUUACUUUUACAGUAUCUAAUGUCAUUAGGAGCCAAGGAAUGUAAGCCAUCAGCAAAGAAGCAUAUCAAAAGGAACAUAGAAGCAGAAUUCAAUGAUUUGAUGAGGUUUGGAAACUUGCUAGACAACAACCGUGUACAAGUCCUAAUCCCUAAUAGCCUAAUACCAGUACAAAUAACCAGAAAUGUACUAAAUAUCCUUAUGGCAGAAAAAGAAGACAAAGGCGCAACAACAAAGAACUCCAAUAUUCAGAAAGCUGCAGCUGACAUCCGCGAUGCCAUUGGAAACGAAGAGAACAAAAUGUCAUGGCCAUCUCGCCCUUCAGAGCUCAAUGACAGCGCCAUAGAGGUCCUUGAAGAG